CGAGGCAGGCUGGGAGCCAGAUCGGCGGCGGCGGCGGCAGCGGCAGGCACGCGACUCUCGGCAGGCGCAAUGGAUUGGGAAGGGGGGCGCUUGUUGCUGCCCUUCUUGCAGGUCGUCUUCCACCUCUACCCUCCGCUGGGGUUGGUGAGCUCGAGCGGCCCCUUGGAUCUGAGCUCCUGGCACUGCAGCUUCUCGGGCACUUGCGAGUGCGACUUCCGGCCCGACCUGGCAGGUCUAGAAUGCAACUUGGCCGUGAACCUGGUCGGCCAGCAAUUGGCAAGGGAGCUUCUCAUGAAAGGCCUGAAGGGGUUUGUGCACAACCCCAGCCCUGAGAAGCCUCUGGUGAUGUCCUUCCACGGAUCGAGCGGCACGGGGAAAACCUUCGUUGGAUCUCUGCUAGUCCCCCACCUCUUUCGCUCUGGGCUUCGAAGCCCAUAUGUCCACCACUUCUCCCCAGUAGUUCACUUCCCCCAUGCAGAACACAUCGAGCAGUACAAGAACGAUCUGAAGAACUGGAUCCAGGGGAAUCUGACACGAUGUGGCCGAUCACUGUUUAUCUUUGACGAUAUGGACAGGAUGCACCCAGGCUUGGUCGAUGUGAUUAUCCCAUUCUUGGGACCUUCCUGGGUUGUGUUUGGAACAAACUACAGGAAAGCCAUCUUCAUUUUUAUUAGCAAUGCUGGUGGGGAGCAGAUAAACCAAAUUACCUUGGACUUCUGGCGGGCCCAUAAAGACCGUGAGGAGAUCAGCCUCAAGGAUCUGGAAGCAUCAGUUUACAAAGCUGCUUUUGAAAACCCCCAAAAUGGAUUUUGGAAGUCUGGGAUAAUCGAUCAGCACCUUAUUGACUUCCUCGUGCCUUUCUUGCCUUUGAAGCAGCACCAUGUGAAACGGUGUGUGGCCAGUGAGCUCAUCAGCCGAGACCUAGAGCCACAGCCAGAUGUCAUCCAGGCAGUUGCUGACAGCAUCCCUUACUUUCCAGCAGAGUUGAAAGUGUUCUCAGCCACAGGCUGCAAAACAGUGACUUCACGGGUCCCUUUCUUCCUUUGAUUCUGGUCACUUGCCUGCAAAGACUUUGCUGGUGACAAUUUUGGAGUUUUAAAGGCUCAGCACAAAGACUGCCUCACCAAUUAUCCUGAUUGGCUUUAGGAUCAAGGAAGAGACUUCCAGAGCAUAGACUCAAACAGCAAUGCUGACUUGACCAACCAGGAAACCAAAAAGCACUUUAUACUUUGCCCUGAGCCUUGUGCUGUGGACUCUUGAGAACAAAGGAGUAGAGUCUGUGAUGUAUUGGAAGGGAAUCUUGGCUGCUCUCAUAACACUGCCUUAUAUAGACUUUUUCUUAAAAGAAAAAGAGGCAAUGAUCACAAUUUUAGAUUCCCUAACACAGCACAAUUUGAUCAGUUUUCUUUGGAAUCUAAAAAUCUUACCUCUCGUACCAUUUUUUAAGACAUACUGUGAUUGUAUCAAUGUGCCAGAAGCCACAGUCCUAGGCUAAAAUGUUGUAGCAAGAUCCAUCUCAUCUGAACUGAUCCAUACAGGAUUGAUUUGCCUUAUUGUGAUUACGUGCUGAUGGUGGCAAUAUAAGUGACACCAGGCACUGUUGGCAAUGGGGCUGUGGGGAGAGAUGGUCUUCCGGUGCCUCCUUUUGUACACAGGAACUGGAUUUUCACUCAAAAGUGCCUGAGAAGCCCACAGGUAAAUAAAACAGCUGUUUUGCA